CAAAAGGAUAGUGCUCGACUAUACAUAUAGCCAAAGAAGAGCAGAAAAAUCAAAGUCGUGAGUUCAGAAGCUAUAACAAAAUUUCUAAGAAAAAGAAAGAUAAGAAAAUGGAGAAUUUUAUGGUAGAGAUGGCCAAGACCAUUUCGUGGAUAGUUGUAAUAGGAGUGUUAGGUUUAGGGAUUCGUGUUUACGGUAAAGUGAUGGCGGAGCAAUGGAGGAUGCGGAGGAAGCUGACGAUGCAGGGCGUGAAGGGUCCUCCGCCGUCGCUAUUUCGUGGAAACGUGCCGGAGAUGCAAAAAAUCCAGUCACAAAUAAUGAGUAACUCUAAACACUACUCCGGUGAUAAUAUCAUCGCCCAUGACUACACUUCUUCUCUCUUUCCAUAUCUCGACCACUGGCGAAAACAAUACGGGAGAGUGUACACGUAUUCGACGGGGGUGAAGCAACACUUGUACAUGAACCACCCGGAGUUGGUGAAAGAACUUAACCAAGCCAACACUCUUAACCUUGGCAAAGUCUCUUACGUCACCAAACGCCUUAAAUCCAUUCUUGGCCGUGGUGUUAUCACCUCUAAUGGGCCUCAUUGGGCCCAUCAACGUCGUAUCAUUGCACCUGAGUUUUUCCUCGACAAAGUCAAGGGAAUGGUGGGAUUGGUGGUGGAAUCAGCGAUGCCAAUGCUGAGUAAAUGGGAAGAGAUGAUGAAAAGAGAAGGAGAAAUGGUGUGUGACAUAAUUGUAGACGAAGACCUAAGAGCUGCCUCUGCUGACGUUAUCUCUAGAGCUUGCUUUGGGAGCUCUUUCUCCAAAGGCAAAGAGAUCUUCUCUAAGCUUAGAUGUCUUCAAAAGGCCAUCACUCACAACAACAUCCUCUUCAGCCUCAAUGGCUUCACUGAUGUUGUGUUCGGGACUAAGAAGCAUGGGAACGGGAAGAUUGAUGAGCUAGAGAGACACAUUGAGUCUUUGAUAUGGGAAACCGUUAAAGAAAGAGAAAGGGAAUGUGUGGGAGAUCACAAGAAGGAUCUAAUGCAGUUGAUACUAGAAGGGGCCAGGAGUAGUUGUGAUGGCAACUUGGAGGACAAGACACAAUCUUACAAAAGUUUCGUGGUGGACAAUUGCAAGAGCAUCUAUUUUGCCGGGCAUGAGACCAGUGCGGUUGCUGUCUCUUGGUGUCUUAUGCUCCUCGCUCUCAACCCUUCUUGGCAAACUCGUAUCCGCGAUGAAGUCUUUCUUCAUUGCAAGAACGGUAUACCUGACGCAGACUCUAUUUCCAACCUCAAAACGGUAAUUUACAAGUUACAACCUUGCCUCUCAUGUCAAGUUCCUUAAACUCUCUUAAACCAAAAAAAAAAAUGUUCCUUGGACUCCAAGUAUGACUAUUUUCAUAACCUAACAUCACUUGAAUAAAAAUAUAGGUGACAAUGGUUAUCCAGGAAACGUUGAGGCUAUACCCACCAGCAGCAUUCGUGUCGAGAGAAGCCCUUGAGGACACAAAACUCGGAAACCUCGUGGUGCCAAAGGGAGUGUGCAUCUGGACGUUGAUCCCUACAUUGCACAGAGACCCUGAGAUAUGGGGAGCUGACGCAAAUGAAUUCAAUCCAGAAAGAUUUAGCGAAGGAGUCUCUAAAGCCUGCAAACACCCUCAGUCAUUCGUCCCAUUUGGCUUAGGGACAAGGUUGUGUUUAGGAAAGAAUUUUGGUAUGAUGGAGCUCAAGGUUCUUGUCUCACUUAUUGUGUCAAGGUUUAGCUUUACUCUCUCUCCCACAUAUCAACACUCUCCGGUGUUUAGAAUGCUUGUAGAGCCUCAACAUGGUGUUGUCAUUAGAGUUCUGAGACAAUAAGAUAUGUCGUUAGCUUAUGGUUUUAGUUUUAAUCCUGUGUAAUAAUAAGAUAUUAUUACACUAUAGUACUAUAAUAGUAUUUUCUUUGGUAUCUUUUUUUUUUUGUUCUGUAUAUACAGAUUUACCAAUAGUCA